GCCCCAGGCUGGGGGGAGGCAGGCUCAGCCCUCUGCUUUCAGCCCAGCCCUACCUCCUGCCAGCAUCUCUGGUCUCUCCUGCUUGCUGAGGACUCACCGGCUGCCUGGCCAUGAGUACCACAUUUCUGCAGACUUCUUCUUCUACCCUUGGGGGUAGCUCUACCCGGGUGGGCUCCCUCCUGGCUGGGGGAGGCAGCUUUGGUGGGGGCAGUCUCUCUGGCGGUGGUGGAAGCCGCAGUAUCUUGGCUUCUUCUGCUAAGUUUGUCUCCUUGGGGUCAGGAGGGGGCUAUGGGGGCAGCAUGGGCUGCACCUUCAGUGGAAGGGCUAUUAGUGGUUCUGGUGCAGGCUUUGGAGGUGGCCUUGGAGGUGGCUUUGGUGGGGGGUUUGGUGACUUUGGUGGUGGCGAUGGUGGCCUCCUCUCUGGCAAUGAGAAGAUCACUAUGCAGAACCUCAAUGACCGCCUGGCCUCCUACCUGGACAAGGUGCGCGCCCUGGAGGAGGCCAACACUGACCUUGAGGUGAAGAUCCAUGACUGGUACCAGAGGCAGAGCCCAGGCAGCCCGGAGCAGGACUCUAGUCAUUACUACAAGGUCAUUGAGGAACUCCGGGACAAGAUCCUGCCGGCGAUCAUAGACAACUCCCGGAUCAUCCUGGAGAUUGACAAUGCCAGGCUGGCUGCGGACGACUUCAGACUCAAAUAUGAGAACGAGCUGGCCCUGCGCAUGAGUGUGGAGGCUGACACCAACGGCCUGCGCAGGGUGCUGGACGAGCUGACCCUGGCCAGAGCUGACCUGGAGAUGCAGACUGAGAGCCUGAAUGAGGAGCUGGCCUACCUGAGGAAGAACCACGAGGAGGAGCUGAAGGAGUACAGCAGCCAGCUGGCCGGCCAGGUCAACGUGGAGAUGGACGCAGCCCCGGGUGUGGACCUGACCCGAGCGCUGGCGGAGAUGAGGGAGCAGUAUGAGGCCAUGGCAGAGAAGAGCCGCCAGGAUGCCGAGGAAUGGUUCUUCAGCAAGACGGAGGAGCUGAACAAGGAGGUAGCCUCCAACACAGAGAUGAUCCAGACCAGCAAGACAGAGAUCACAGACCUGAGACGCACCGUGCAGGGCCUGGAGAUGGAGCUGCAGUCCCAGCUCAGCACGAAAGCUGGCCUGGAGAGCUCGCUGGCGGAGAUGGAGUGCAGCUAUGCCACACAGCUGCAGCAGAUCCAGGGGCUCAUUGGCGGCCUGGAGGCCCAGCUGGGCGAGCUGCGCUGUGACAUGGAGGCUCAGAACCAGGAGUACCAGAUCCUGCUGGACGUGAAGAUGCAGCUGGAGCAGGAGAUCGCCACCUACCGCAGCCUGCUGGAGGGCCAGGACACCAGGAUGGCUGGCAUUGGCACCAGAGAAGCCUCCCUGGGAGGUGGUAGUGGCAAAGUCCGCAUCAACGUUGAGGAGUCAGUGGAUGGGAAGGUGAUUUCUUCCCACAAAAGAGAAAUCUAAGUGCCCAGCGCAGGAAAGACAUCCCUUGUCACCCUCACUCUCCCCAGGCUGAGCAGAGGACUGGCCAGAGGGGCCAGAAGAGCAGCUCUGGUCCCUGCCUUCAGAAGGUCCAGCUCCAGGGGGUCCCUUGUGCUUAGCUGGGUGCUUCACGUCCUCUCCCGUCCUCUGCUCCAGCUUACCCUGCGUCCUUUAGUGUGGGCAGUCCAAGAAGCUGUUCUAUUGUGUAACAGGUUUAUUUGUAAUGGCUGUCCAUGCAAUAAAGAACUGCUUUUCCUU